CAGUUUAACAAAGUACAUACAGCCGAGCGGUUGAGAAAACUCGUCCACAGUGGUUACUCUACGAAAUUGACCAUUUUUUUGGAGUUAUCGAAACUGUGUCAACCAUUGGGUAUUGUGCAAAAAAUUAGUGGGAAAUGUGAGAAAAAUUGAAACAAACUGAAAUAUCCCGAAAAAAAACCGAAAAUGAAAAUGGAAAUUUAAAAAAAAUGAAAACUCAAGUGUGGAACCAGUUCGAUUGAUUGUAAAUCUAGGGCACUGAAAAAUGUUCAAAUCAACACUAUUACUACUAUUAUGUGUAUCGGAUGUCUUUGUUUAUUCACCUAUCAAACCCAUUUCCGCAAAUGAAAACACCGUUUUUCUGUAUAAUCACAUCGAACAUUGUAAAUCAUCCGAGUAUUACGAUGUCAAUUAUUUUAUGUGUCGCGAAUGCGAUCCACAGCUAAAUUUAAUGCCAUCAACAAAUGGCUUGAGUUGUGUGUGCAAUCGAAAGUCCACCACAAAAGUCGAAUAUGAUACCAAUUUGAGGCAGCCAAUUUGCUCAGCACUGAAUUGCACCAAUGUCAUCGAAUGCAACAUUCAAUUCUUUGCACCGUUGUUGCGAUCAGCACAGCCAUGCGGUUUGGAGCACCUAGUCGAAGUAAUAUCCACGUCACCGCCAUCGAAAUCGAUACAAAUUCAACGAAUACCCGCAAAGAGCGAUAAAAAUCAAACGACCAAUUUGACGUGCCCUGCGUAUGGAAACAGCUUACCGUUGUCGGCAAUGGAAUGUGUCGAUCCAAAGAACUAUGUACGUUUCGGGAACUAUUGUGUCCCAACCUAUUUACUAAAGGACUUUUUGAACUACAAACAAUUCAAAGUGAACACAAAUCAGGCGUCCGUUACUGCGGCCAACGAUCUAUUUAAAAAUUUGGAAUUUCUAGUAUUUCUCUGCCAAACGAUGAAAAUGGUGGAGUAUUGUGAGCACGUGGCCAAUUUAUGCGUGUUGACGGUUUAUAAUCUGGAGAAAUUUUCACCAUGCAACAUUUUCUAUGGCAUACAAACGACGUUUGCUGGCACCGAUUCGUAUCAAACGAAACUAGUACCGUUUUUGUUUUACGCUAAAGGUCGCAGCAUUUCAGAUGAUUUGGAUAAGGUUAUCGAUUAUCGAUACAGAUAUUUUAAAAACGACGCCACAUACGAUCCUGAAGAUUAUGGUGGUUUAACUCAGUUUCCGACCACAAAUCGUAUUUCAAUGUUGCUGGUGGCCCAUGAAUUGAAUGGAGAGUUGAAAACGAUUCAACCACUAAAAUUGGACGACCUGAAUUUAUGCGGUAUGCAUCAGCAACAAAUUAAAUUUGGAGAAAAUUUGGCUAGCGCAUGUCAAAUCGAUCUGCGAUCCCUAAUUGAAAUGGGUGAACGGAAGCCAUGGUUCUUAAAUCUUUUCUUGAACUAUACGGAGAAUAACAUAAAUCUGGUGAAAGCUGUUCCAAUUCUGAUACGAAAUGCGUUCACCUACAACAUGAAUCCGUACGAUCGAGACAAGUGGCAGUUGGUGAAGCGAUUUUUCAUGAUAGACACAUUGACUGGCCGAAACCGAACGUAUCGACCCAAUCCGUUCGCGGCCGAAAAUAUCUUUGAAAAAUACAUGAAUAUUCGCUAUGUAAAAAAUGUGGAACUACAAUUCCAUCUCAAUGAAAACCAUUAUUAUUUCGGUAACAAAAUAACGGUUCCGCUUCUUAUCGUUGAAUAUGCAUACAUUGAUAUGCGUGAUUUCCGGUGGGCGAACAAUCUUGAUAUCGACUUUGAGUUCCGUGUUACUUUUGCAAAGGAUUUUAAUAUUGGAAUAUUUUUGCACAUUCUCUUUACGAUGGCACUCGCAGCGGCAUUCGGAAUGGCCAUUUUCCAAACACUGUCCUUCAAACGACGCAAACAACAGAAUGAAUUUGAUUCAUUUCUUUUGGUUAAAUUCUUGAUUAAUUGCUGCUCAACAUUGGGAACGGUUCUUUUUGCUAGCGCCGCUUUUUUAACCGUCUACAUUUACUUUAUCUACAAAUCACAGAAUAUUGUCAAGGUUUUGCCGCCGUUUGGCGAGCUGAAAAUCAUCAAAUUUUUCUUCAUUUUGUCUUUUGUAUUGAAGAUUAUAAAAUUCUGUCAUCACUUGGGCCAGCAGAUAAAUUGCGAUAUUUUUUUCAUUGAUUGGGAAAGACCGCGAGUUUUUGAACAUCAGAUUACAUUGAAAUCCACAAAUAAUUUGGAUACGCCAUCAAUUUGCUCAAGUGCUCGACAAUACCAACAAAACGAUGGACUGUCCGCAUGGCGAAUGUACUUCGUUGCAAAUGAAUGGAUUAAAUUGUCGACAAAACGAAAAUGUUCGAUUGGCAUUCAAAUAUUAAUGGUCUUACUGACGAUCAUUGUUUUUCGUUUUGAUUGGGCGCAUUUAUUUUCAUUCAAAUCGAUUUUCCACUGGCCAUGGACACCUGAUGCCGAUCGUAUCAUUCGAAGUGGACGCGCACUGGAAAUGCUCGCAAUUGGAUUAAUUAUUUACUCGGUUUGCUAUGCCAUUCAACGUUUAUUCAACUUUAUCAUUUACGAGCGUUACAUACUAAAUUCGGUGCAACAAUUCAUCGACAUCUGUUCCAUGUCAAAUAUAUCCAUGUUUAUUUUUGCCAUCGAUUCAUAUGGCUAUUAUAUUCACGGAAGAUCGCCACAUGGCUUUGCUGACACCGAUAUGUGCUCGAUGUUACAACAAUUGCGACGCGAAAGUGAGAAUAUGUGCGGUCAUCGUGGAUUGCUACCAAAUUCGGAGCAUCAAACAUUCUGCUUUUUGGCACCACUUCAAUUAAGAACCCUUUACAACAAACUAAAAUCAACGCUACGAAAGUCAAUGGAAGAGAAAAAUGGACCGCAAAACUAUCAACAGAAUCAACCGGUCGAAACGGUGGGCAAAUUUUUCGAACAGAAUCUGGAACAAAUCGCACAUACAAACACCACAAUAAAUCGGUUUCUAAGCGCAUUCAUCGAUCAUGGCUUAAAAGAUCUUGAUUAUAUUAUCCAAGAAAAAAGCAUUUUGGAGAACAUUUUUGACUUUGAAUUCGACAGUAAUGUGACUGAAAACCGGGGCACAUUUUAUAUGGACAAUGGUCAUUCAUUCGACAGUAUUUUAUUCUAUGGGAACGAACAGAUUUUAUUCCAAAUUGAAAUUUUGCUAUUUCUGUGCGUUAUUGUAAUAUGUGGCAACUUUCUAUUUGCUAUUCUGUUUCUGGGAAUCGCUUCAGAGAUACUAAAACACACAAUGCGUUUGUUGGUCAAGAAGAAUCUAUCAAAUCAAACAUUGAUCGAUGAACGAUUUCUGAUCUAAUAAAACACAAUUUCAUAAUGAUGAUGCUUAAACGUUGUGCUAACUUUAAUGUUAUUUAAUCGUAAACUCAAUGUAUUUUCUAACGAGAAAAAAAAACGAAGAAAAUAAAAAUAAAACCUGAAUUUUGUGGACAUUGCUAUAGCAAAAAGGCAGUUCGCAGUUUUCAUCAUCUCGA